AAUCCUAAAACGGUUUGAGCCUUGGAGUGUGUAGGGGUGGAAAGUUGUUGUGGUGGGAAACAAGAGGAGAGAAAAGGAGGAAAAAAGGGAGGGGAGUAGACCCAACCAAGACAUUCAGUGCUGAGUGCAUAGUGAAGACAUGUUCAGAGCUGAGUCAAAAGCUUACUUGUAGAAGACGAUUUUUAUUAUUAUAUCCUUAUAUGUAAAAACUGUUUCUGUGAUUUAAGUAUUAACAAGUGAAACAGAGCAUUGUUAUGUUUUUAUAUUUUGGAGGUCUUUCUUUUACAGCAGCAUAACAGGAGGCAUACCUACGCUACCACCUUGUAUAAAUACAGGAAAAAGGAGAUUAGCCUGUAGAGCCAAAGGAAACAAUACAGAGUCCAAAAUAGACCCAUAAAUUAAAUCAGUGAAGCAAAACCAUUAUAAAGACCCACAGUCUCCACAUUAUGUCUCGCUGGGGGCGGAAAAACGUCAAGAAGACCCCUGAAGUGAUUAGGACAGUCACGGAGGGGCUGAAGUCACUGUAUCGUAAGAAGCUUUUGCCCAUUGAAGAGUACUAUGGUUUUCAUGACUUCCACUCACCAAGUCUGGAGGAUGCUGACUUUGACAACAAACCCAUGGUACUAGUGGUUGGUCAGUACUCCACAGGAAAGACUACUUUCAUCAAGUACCUUCUGGAACAAGAGGUGCCUGGAAGCCGUGUGGGUCCAGAGCCUACUACAGACUGCUUCACUGCCAUUAUGCAUGGUGACAUGGAGGGAAUAAUCCCUGGAAAUGCUCUCAUAGUGGACCCCAACAAGCCCUUCCGCAAACUCAACCCCUUUGGAAACACUUUCCUGAACAGAUUCCAGUGUGCGCAGCUGCCCAACCAGGUUCUGGAGAGCAUCAGUAUCAUUGACACCCCUGGCAUCCUGUCGGGAGCUAAGCAGAGAGUGAGCCGAGGUGAGGCCAACACUAAAGGCUAUGACUUCCCAGCUGUCUUGCGUUGGUUUGCUGAACGGGUAGACCGAAUUAUUCUCCUUUUCGAUGCCCACAAGCUGGAGAUUUCUGAUGAGUUUUCAGAGGCCAUAAGUGCUUUGAAGGGCAACGAGGACAAACUGCGUGUGGUGCUUAACAAGGCUGAUAUGGUUGGGACACAGCAGCUGAUGCGAGUAUAUGGUGCUCUCAUGUGGUCUCUGGGGAAAGUGUUUGGAACUCCUGAAGUGCUGAGAGUAUACAUUGGCUCAUUCUGGUCUGAACCUCUCAUGGUCCCAGACAACCGGAAGCUAUUUGAAUUGGAAGAGGAAGAUCUUUUUGCUGACAUUCAGAACCUACCACGAAAUGCAGCCCUCCGCAAGCUCAAUGAUCUGGUCAAGAGAGCCCGUCUAGUCAAGGUUCAUGCUCACAUAAUCAGUUACCUGAAGCAAGAGAUGCCUUCUGUCUUCAGGAAGGACAAUAAGAAAAAAAAUUUGAUCCACCAGCUGCCAGUCAUCUUCUCCAAGAUCCAGUUGCAACAUCACAUUUCCCCUGGAGAUUUUCCUGACAGUGCCAAGAUGCAGGAACUCCUGGAAGGUCAUGACUUCACCAAGUUUAAGUCCCUGAAACCCAAUAUGAUGGCUAUGUUGGAUGAGCUGUUGUCCACUGACAUUGCCAAGUUGAUGCCUCUCCUCAGGCAGGAGGAGCUGGAAGCAGGAGGUCAACCCGGAGUCCAAGGUGGGGCUUUCUUGGGGACCCGAGCAGGACCCUUUGUGGAGGGUGACCCUUUCGGAGAGAAAGUUGAGGAUGAUGGUGAGGAUGGAGAGGUGGGAGAAGACUGGAUUGUGACUAAGGAUAAGCCCAAGUAUGAUGAGAUCUUUUACAACCUUGCACCCAGUGAGGGCAAGCUGAGUGGUACCAAAGCCAAAGAUUGGAUGGUGAGCACGCGGCUACCCAACUCUGUGCUGGGUCGCAUAUGGAAGUUGUCAGAUGUGGAUCGUGAUGGCAUGUUGGAUGAUGAGGAAUUUGCCCUGGCUAGCCACUUGAUUGAGGUGAAACUUGAAGGGCAUGGCCUGCCUCCUGAAUUACCUGCUCGUCUGGUGCCUCCUUCUAAACGCAGACAAAAAGGAUCUGAUGCCUAGACAAUACAAGCUGCCAAUGAUGUUUACUAGAUAGUUUUCUUGUCAGAAUGCAUAUUUAAUAUAAUUAUUGGCAUCCUUCUUAAAAAUUAGCAAAAACAAUUGUAUAUAAAUUAAACAUUAUCCACAAUAAUUCAAAAUUUCCACUCAAAUGCUAGGAGAACCUAUUCAACUUUUUUUCUAACAAAAAUAAUUAUCAUAUUAGCAAAAUAAUAUAAUUUUCUCAAAAAUAUAUUAUAAUGAAUAUUUGACACUGUUUGAAGCAUUGCAAGAUAGAAACCCUUCCUUAGAUUAUCUCACAAAAUGCAGCACCUAAACUUUUUCGUCAUUUACACAAUCACUAACACGAAUGGACUACACUCAAGGAAAAACAUUUACGCUUUGAGGCCGUUUAUGGCUGAUGAUUCAGGGAUUCAGAACCAGACAUACUUCCAAACAGUUGAAGAAAUACCUACUUUAAAAACUAACUACACAAACUUAUAUAAAGGAGCUUCUGCAUGUGUCUACAAGUGACUUCAACCUUUCUAAGCAGGAAGUAAGUGAGUGCUGUUAUUCAAUCCAGACAGACUUCCAAACAAUUAAUUGUGCCAAUAAUUUUGAAACCAGUGUUUUGUAGAAAAAAAUAUGUAUGUACAAUGUCCCUCUAUGUUUGAACUCACAUCGCAUAUUCUUUUAUACAUAUUAAUUUUUGCACAUUUUCAUGAAGGGUGCCAAUAAUUCUUUCAGGCCAUAUGCCCUCAUAUGUAAAGCUCUACCUAACUUAGUGAAAGAUCUUCUUGAUCAGUAAAGACUUCAGAAAUAAGAAGCGAUUUAGCCCUUUGGGGAAACUGGCAAUAUAUAUAAUUUAAUGUAUGAAAUGACAAUAUGCAUUGAGUUAAGAAAACUGUCUAUGGGUCUGCACUGUUUCCUUUCUUCAGACCUAUCAUUCCUGAAUCACAGCUGCCUCUUCACCUACUGUCUCUGUCUGUGUCUCUGUUGCUAACUACCAAUGCAGCUUUAGUUUUAAAAUAUAAAUAACAUUUUUAAAAACUAGCUUGAUUAAGCUAACAUCAAAAUUAAAAAAAGACAAAUUGAGUAUCUGGGAUAUGCAUACAACAGUUACCUAGAGGUAUAAUGCUAAAGAAUUUUAUGACUUAUAACUCAACACAGUAUUACAAAACAUGAAUUUCAAAAUGUGAGAUUUUGCUUACAUCAAUGCAUACUAAAUAAAUUUAGUAUUUAGUAAACUAAGUAAAUUUAUUGCAUUUUAAACAAAAUUAUGUUGUUGACUACUGUACAACACCUUACUGAUUGCUUUAUAAUGUAUACCAUUAUUAUAAAACCAAAUAAACUGUGCUCUUUUGUUCUUUA